GUGAUGCUGCAGCUCUCGUGCUCCUCUCCAGUCUCCAGUAAACAGCAGACAUGGCGACAGUGGUCCAACCGCUCUCCCUGGAUCGAGAUGUUGCCAGGGCUAUUGAGCUGCUGGAGAAGCUGCAGGAGUCAGGUGACGUGCCUGGUCACAAACUCCAGUCUCUGAAGAAGGUGCUUCAGAGCGAGUUCUGCACAGCAAUCAGAGAGGUGUACCAGUACAUGCACGAAACAAUUACAGUGAAUGGCUGUCCGGAGUAUCAGGCGAGAGCCACAGCGAAGGCUACAGUCGCAGCCUUCGCAGCCAGCGAAGGUCACUCCCACCCACGGGUAGUGGAGCUACCCAAGACAGAGGAAGGACUGGGCUUCAAUGUGAUGGGCGGGAAGGAGCAGAACUCGCCGAUUUACAUCUCUCGCAUCAUCCCGGGAGGCGUGGCUGAGAGGCACGGUGGCUUAAAACGAGGGGAUCAGCUCCUGUCUGUCAACGGCGUGAGCGUAGAAGGCGAGCACCACGAGAAGGCGGUGGAGCUGCUGAAGGCGGCCAAGGACAGCGUGAAGCUGGUGGUUCGCUACACCCCCAAAGUGCUGGAGGAGAUGGAAGCUCGCUUCGAGAAGCUCCGCACGGCCCGGCGGCGCCAGCAGCAGCAGCUCCUCAUGCAGCAGCAGCAACAGCAGAACCUGACCUCUCAGCAGAACCACAUGUCGUAGGAUGUUCCAAAAGAAGAAGAAGUGAAGAAGAGAGAGAGAGACAGGUGGAUCUCAAAGACCAUCUACGUGUGCUGAGGAUCCCCAAAGGAAUCUUUUUCUCUCCGUUGUGGAGGAUAAACCAACAAGUAGAAGACUCUUUGACUCACUUUCUCCCUUCCAGUGUACCACCGAUUACUGAGCAAAAACAGAGAGCCGUUUGUCGCCAAACUGGUGCUUUGAAGAACAAGAUCGAGGGAGUUAAGCACUGAAAGCCGCCCGUUUUAACUUCCCUUUUAUAAGUUGUUCUCCUGGUUGUGACUCUGACUGAAACCCCUCUUUUCUUGUGUUUGUUGUUUUUGUUUACAGGUCCAUUUUUGAUUGCCAUUCUUUGCCAUAGAUAUCAUUUGUACAGUGGUGUUUCUAUUGACCCCUCAACUGGUGCUUGUGUCUCCGUAUGAAUGACCAUUUGUUUCUUUUUUGUGCGUCCUGUUUUUGGAUAAACGUGAACUCUUUUUUACCUUCUAUAUUGUAGCAGGAGAGAUUUUGUAUCUUGUAGGUUUAGCAAUAACACACAAUGUUCCGUUUUUACAUUUCAUCCGACAAAUUCAUGAUCAGAUACGUGCUUCUAGACAGUUUAUUAUGGCAUCAAAUGUAAAUCGCUGUAAGCAAAAUGGGUCUUAUGUACUGUAAGGCAGCUUCUGUGUCCAAAUCUGUGCCAUUUAAAGAGAUUAUUGAUUUACAGGUGGCACCAACAAUUAAUGUGCAAUAACUGCAAUUAUUUACAGAUGUUUUAAGCUAAUCCCAGCAGAGAUUUAUUUAGAAGAUAUAUCUUAACGAGAGAUUUAACAAACAGAAUGUCACAGGAGGGUGUACCAUGAAGUGAGAUAGGUCUGUUUAGCCUAAAGUCUGAGUUUCUUGUAUCACAAAGCUGGCUUUCUUUUAACCUCAGUUUUGUUCAGAGUUGACAUUGGUUGUAAAUCGUCAGAAUUUUUAUCUAUUAUUCCAAGGAAAUGAUCUUGGCCACCAUUAUAAAUCUUCAUUUCAGAGGAGUGGUUCUAGCCACAGGAUUCACCGGCCUCUUCCUUAAUGAGAAAUCAUGACCCAGAUUUUCAACCACUAAAUGAUUUUAAUGGAAGAUGAUGCAGUUUAGACCAAAAGCAUGGCAAAGACAGAUUGAGAAGCUUUGUUCUUAACAUGUGAGUUGUGAUGGUCAACACAGCACACCCCACACUAACAGAUUCAUUCACCAACAACCAGAGUCUCCACUCUCAAAACUCAAAAUCUAACUGUCUGACGUGACUUCAGAGGAAACAAGCUGAAUGUGGCUAUCUUAGCUACCUGUUACAUCCACAUGUCCACAUUUAAAUGUCUUUCUUUAUUGGCAGGUAUUAGUUUCCACCUCUUGUUGUUAUUUAUAACUGGCAGUGUGGAUGUUCUGGGAUCACAUUGCCCUUCCACGAGCCAUCAUGGAAAGCAUCAAGCAGAAACGGCACACGUCCCAGGCUUUCCUGCGCCUACAAGGAAAGCCGGAGGGAAAGAGAGAAGCAGCAAAAACCCAGAGCAGAGCGGGCAUCAGUGACGACAGAAUGGCACUGAUUGAGUCAGAAGCAUAAUAAAGGAGCAGCUGAGGUGGAGGAGGGUGAGGGAGCAGUAAUAGGCCCCCAGAGCAAAGCAGGUAUCAGUGACAACAGGACACUGAUCACAGGACACUGUCACUGGCUAAGAGGCUAAAUGAAGGAGGAGCUGGGGUGGUGGAGGGCUGUAAAAGCACUUGCAGGGGCCCAGCAAAUCAUAGCCAGGCUAGAACAGCUUAAAUAUGGCAGCAUGAGUGCAAAUAGCUAAUCAGCUGGCCAUCAGCUGAUUAGGGUUGUGUAAGAUUAGCUGAUCUCGGUUAUACGGCAGUGCUGGACCCUGGCCUGCCUGAACUAAUGCUAUACGCUCAUAUUGACCUAACUCCUCUCCUUGUCAGUUUGAUUGUUGUAUGUUUUACAGCAUUGGUUCCCAACCUUGGCUUCAAAGAUCUCAGCGUGGGGGGUUCUGCUCUGCCAUUGUCAAAAUAAGAUGUGCGUGUAUCUUUUUAAAACCAUGAUUAGAAACACUAUGCACAACCAUGGAACAAUAAAAAGGAGCAGUUGAUUUGAGAAAAAAAAAGUGAGCUCAAAAUUUUGAGAUUACAAUGUUGUUUAUUUUCAAGAUAGUAAACCCAUAAUUUCAAAGUUUAAAAAUUUUCAAUUUUUUAGGUGCUUGGCCCUUUUUUGUCACUCUUCAUCCUAUCUAAAUAAAGGCAAACAAAGCCAAAUUAAUAUUUUUUUUUAAACUUGUGAAUGUUGACAUUAUAAACACAAAAUUUCAAGUUUAUAAAGCCAUAAAUUCAUGACAUUGUAAAGCCAAAAACAUACAAGAAACCAAUUUUUCCUGUUUUCGUAUUGAGGAGCUAGGGUGGAGGAGGGUUACAAGUAUAGUUAUUUGUUGCCUUGACUUGUUCCAACUGCUAAGUUCCUGCAGUUUUCCUCAGAAGAGUCCCAUGAUGUUGCUGUGACGUGUCUUAUCAGCCGAUCUUAUGUAGGUUUUGUUAACAGAGAAAGUUCAUAACCCGCUUUGUGAUACCCAUUAUCUCUAACUUGAGCUUUAGCCUUUAUCGAUCCCACUUACCCCACCAAAAAAAAAUCUGGUUAUUUUGAGCUAACUUCAUGGUACACCCCCUAGUUUUGUUCAGAACUGAAUUUAACCCAAAUAUACCAGAUUUAUCUAUUUUAAAGUUUAUAAUAUCAGAGUUUAACACAGUUCUAUCGUUCCUUUUAAAUAUUAUGUAUUCUUUAAUUAUUAUUUGUCAUGUAUUCAUUGUACCACAGCUGCUUUCGAGCACAUAUAGAUGUAUUCCUUUGCAUUUCUGUUUUGACAAUCUGUACCUGAUGAGAAAUCUGCUUUUGUUUCUUUAUCUCCCAGUAGCAGAGUUCAAGUUUUAAUCCGCCUGGAUAGUGUUUACUUCUCUAAUGCCUCCAUUUUUGGUGCUAAGCGCUCCUUUUAUUUUGUUUUGUUUGCACUACACUUCCCAGAGAUCACUCCUGUUGGAUCUUUGUUGUUGCGUUUUCUGUACUUUAUCUUUUGUUUUAGGUGGCGCUCUUUUGUUUUUUUUGUUCAACCAUGCAGGCUUUAUUAUGGCAGCUAACAAGGACAAAUGAUCGGGAGUGGGCUGAAGGACUUGCAUUAAAAAAAUUGAGCAGCAUUUUUAAAAAUGGUGCAAACAUACGUAUUUGAAAACGUACUGCAAAUCUUUCAUCUUUUUGCAGCAUUUAUUAUGAAGUCAUUUCAGCUAUUGCCAGUCACUUGUCCUUGUCAGCUGCCAUACUUUACAGCUAUGAUUAUUUCUUCUAUUUAUUUCAGACAAAUGAAAACAUAAAAUGCAUCACUUCCUGUAUGCUAAAGGAGUCCAUCCAUGCGCUGCAUGUCAAGAAUGAAAAGCUGUCAUGAAGUUAUAGAUUUGCAUUUUCAUGAGGAUGUUGCUAAUUAUUUCUUUAACAUUGCAUCAUGGAUAUAUUGCUGAAAAUGAAGAAUUUUCCUGAUCUAUAUGACAUCUAAUUGCACAAGACCAGCAGGGCAGUGUUCUCUUACAUGCAUAAAACAUGCCGCAUUGAAAAUUUUCCUAAAUGACCUGUUAGCACUGAGGUCAAAUGGUAUUGUAUCACCUCAGAGCUCAGGUUACACUGGAUAUUUCAAAUGUUUUGACCCUUGCUACACUUCAAGCAGAACAUCUCAAUACAACAGAUCCUUUUUGUAUCUUUAAAUCACAGGUAAUCUUUCUUAAUUGACAUUUUUGAAGCUGAUGGUCCUGUAAUUACCGUGAAGAUUUAAAAAAGAAGACAAACUGUUGAUAUGCAAUUGUUAUACAUACUAUAUUUGUAUAAAUAAAUCUAUGUGCUUGUGUACAGUGAA